UUUAAAAAAUUCCAAAUAUUACUCGGUAUGUAUUAAAACGUACUUCCAUCUUAAAAUGUAAAUAAUAAAGCAUGUAUAGUUACACAGUUGCUUCAGGGAGGCGGGGCACAGAUAAAAUAUCCAACAGGCUUAAUUGCUGGGACUCGGUGAAGACACUGUUCAACACUGUUCACCGAGAGCAGACAGGGAGGAGACCACCAGGGUGGGGAGGGCCCCCGUGAGCUCCCGUGGGUGCCAUCCCAGCCCCCCAGACACAGAUCCUGGGUCAGGGAGAGAGGACUUCAGGUGCAAACAGGAAAAUCAGCCUGAUGACCAGUGCCCAGAAACCCCACCCCACCCACAACUGGAACCUCGCCUUCCUCCUCCCAGCCUGCCGGAAGUAAUGUUCUCAACUUCAUGUCUCGUCUCUUUGGUUUUCUUCAUUUGUUUUUUUUUGCCUGUGUUCAUUUUAUUUUAUUUUUUGAUUGAGACAAGGGCUCACUGUGUUGCCCAGGCUGGGCUCAAGCCACCCUCCCGACGUGCCGGGAUUACAGGUGUGAGCCACCGCGCCUGGCCUGUUUGUUUGCUUUUUGAGACAGAGUCGCACUCUGUUAAUCCAGGCUGGAGUGCAGUGGCGUGAUCUCGGCUCACUGCAGCCUCCACCUGCUAGGUUGAAGCAAUCUUCCUGCCUCAGCCUCCCGAGCAGCUGCAACUACCGGCACGUGCCACCACGCUGGCUAAUUUUUUCUAUUUUUAGUAAAGACAGGGUUUCACCAUGUUGUCCAGACUGGUCUCGAACUCCUGACCUUGUGAUCUGCCCGCUGCAGCCUCCCAAAGUGCAGGGAUUACAGGCGUGAGCCACCACCACGCCGGGCUUUUUCACCAGGCUGGAGUGCAGUGGCACGAUCUCGGCUCACUGCAACCCCUGCCACUCGGGUUCAGGUGAUUCUCCAGCCUCAGCCUCCUGAGUAGCUGGGACUAUAUGCAUGCCCCACCACACACAGUUAAUUUUCGUAUUUUUAGUAGAGACCGGGUUUGCCAUGUUGGCCAGGAUGGUCUUGAUCUCCUGACCUCGUGAUCUGCCCUCUUCAGCCUCCCAGAGUGCUGGGAUUACAGGCGUUGAGCCACUGCACCUGGCCUUUUUUUUUCUUAUUUUUAUUUUUAUUUUAUUUAUUUAUUUUUAUUUUUUUGGGUUUUUUAGCACCUCUCCCAAAAAAUUUAUUUUAUUUUAUAAAGAUGGGUUUUCACCAUGAUGGCCAGGCUGGUCUUGAACUCCUGACCUCAGGAGAUCUACCCACCUCGGCCUCCCAAAAUGCUAGUGUUACAGGUGUGAGCCACCAUGCCCGGCCUCUCCCAAAAUUGAAUGUCAAGUUUGUUUUUUUUUUUUUAGAUGGAGUUUCACUCUUGUUGCCCAGGCGGGAGUGCAGUGGCGUUAUCUCGGCUCACUGCAGCCUGUGCCUCCCGGGUUCAAGGAAUUCUCCUGCCUCAGCCUCCCAAGUAUCUUCUGUCUUUUUUAAAACAGUUUUUCAGGCCCAAGUGAGAUUGAUUGUUUUUUUUUUUUAAGAAGAAAACAAAAGCAUAGUUUUAUCGGAAUACCUGUUUAUAUAUUAUUAGAGAUAGUGGUAUACCCAGGGUGGGUGUGAGAGACCAAAAGAGGAUAUGUGGUCUGCUGCUGACACUUUAAAAGCAAUCAUAGAACCGGAGUCUAUGUCACCACAUGUAAUGCUCGACAAUUCAGUGGUGAGAUGCCCUCCCACCUCGGAGAACCCUGGGGCGCUCGGACCUUCCACAGCAUGCCGCUCAGGUUGCCUGGUAGCCCCGUGGAGAUGCCACUGUGGUGUCCGUAGUUUCCUGGGACAUGCGUGGGGCCGGUCUGUGUGGCUGUGUCGGCUUGUUCGUGAUUCUGUCUUGCUGUUGCGUAAUUUGCCGGAUAGUUUACGUUUCUGAAGUACAGGACUCCAGGGCCGGGGGGCCGGCUGGCCUCGCUGUCCCGUCUCCAAAGAGAGGUGCAGCUGCCGCCUCCUGCCCGGAACUUUCCAAAGCAGGUCUGCUGUGGCACCUGUGAAACGUUUUACAGACAGCUGUGUAUGCGGGGUGCAGCCUGGACCAUUUGUCUGAGAGGCUGACCUUGUCCUCACAUUAUCCUUAUCACCCUGUCCCCAGGAAAGAGGGCGGGGAACUUCUUAACGAGCUCAUCUCAGUUCUCGCUCCCGGAUUCCCCUUGCUUACUGGGCAGGUGCCCCGGACUGGCAUUACUGCCCACCAGCUGCCCCAGGCCUGCACCUGCUAUGGGCAGGUGGAGCUGGGAGGCCCUGACACUGGCUCCCCGCCCAGAAUUUUCCUUAUGGGAAAGCGAGUUUUUGCUGUUCAGAGAAAGUUUCCAGUGACCUGGGCACAAAAGAGCUUUUAUGGAGGCAGCCAUCAGAUAAGAGGCACGGGUUGGAGUUAACCCUUUCGGCUCUGGCCAGGUAAAGGAUGGAGUGGCCAGAGGGGUUGGGUGCUGCCGUGUGCAGCAUGGGGGUUGGGGGCUUUGCUGCCUGCUCUCCUGUGUCACAGGUUAGAAUCGGAGCCACACGACCAGGGACCCCAGGAGCUGAGGCCAGCCCCACCAUUUUCUGAUCCAUAGCAGAAACGCACUUCUGCUACGCCCCCCUUCCUGGCAUUGCCCUCUGGGGUCCAGAAAGGACUGCUCGGAAAUUGCAUUAACAGUGGCUCUGGCCGGUCGGCUUCCCGAAACCCUGCCGUCUGUUCGUCACUGUGCCCAGGAGGGGCCCUAAGAUUCCUCUCUCAGGUCCCUGACCCCAGGGGACCCUGCUGUCACUGGUUGGGUGUGACCAUUAGGCUAUAGCUGCCCUGGCACCCUCUGACCUUGAUUGCAUGGCACGUCUUGCCCGUCUACAGCAGAUAUGAGAUAACAGUGAGUCACAGGGUGGGCUGGGGCUGCACUGCCCCUGAACCCUUACACUAGCCAACAGUGCCCCUGCAGGUUCCAGAGCCUUAUGUGGGGUUUCUGUAGGAGAGAGGAGGCAGGUUCCGGAGCCUUCUGUGGGGUUUCUGCAGGAGGGAGAGGGAGGUUCCGGAGCCUUCUGUGGGGUUUCUGCAAGAUGGAGGAGGCAGGUUCCGGAGCCUUCUGUGGGGUUUCUGUAGGAGAGAGGAGGCAGGUUCCGGAGCCUUCUGUGGGGUUUCUGCAGGAGGGAGGAGGCAGGUUCCGGAGCCUUCUGUGGGGUUUCUGCAGGAGGGAGGAGGCAGGUUCCGGAGCCUUCUGUGGGGUUUCUGCAGGAGGGAGGAGGCAGGUUCCGGAGCCUUCUGUGGGGUUUCUGCAGGAGGGAGGAGGCAGGUUCCGGAGCCUUCUGUGGGGUUUCUGCAGGAGGGAGGAGGCAGGUUCCGGAGCCUUCUGUGGGGUUUCUGCAGGAGGGAGGAGGCAGGUUCCGGAGCCUUCUGUGGGGUUUCUGCAGGAGGGAGGAGGCAGGUUCCGGAGCCUUCUGUGGAGUUUCUGCAGGAGGGAGGAGGCAGGUACCAGAGCCUUCUGUGGGGUUUCUGCAGGAUGGAGGAGGCAGGUUCCGGAGCCUUCUGUGGAGUUUAUGCAGGAGGGAGGAGGCAGGUUCCGGAGCCUUCUGUGGGGUUUCUGCAGGAGGGAGGAGGCAGGUUCUGGAACCUUCUGUGGGGUUUGUACAGGACACAGGAGGCAGGUUCUGGAACCUUCUAUGGGGUUUCUACAGGACACAGGAGGCAGGUUCUGGAACCUUCUGUGGGGUUUCUACAGGACACAGGAGGCAGGUUCUGGAGUCUUCUGUGGAGUUUCUACAGGACACAGGAGGCAGGUUCUGGAACCUUCUGUGGAGUUUCUACAGGACACAGGAGGCAGGUUCUGGAACCUUCUGUGGGGUUUCUACAGGACACAGGAGGCAGGUUCUGGAGUCUUCUGUGGAGUUUCUACAGGACACAGGAGGCAGGUUCUGGAACCUUCUAUGGGGUUUCUACAGGACACAGGAGGCAGGUUCUGGAACCUUCUGUGGGGUUUCUACAGGACACAGGAGGCAGGUUCUGGAGUCUUCUGUGGAGUUUCUACAGGACACAGGAGGCAGGUUCUGGAACCUUCUGUGGGGUUUCUACAGGACACAGGAGGCAGGUUCUGGAACCUUCUGUGGGGUUUCUACAGGACACAGGAGGCAGGUUCUGGAACCUUCUGUGGGGUUUCUACAGGACACAGGAGGCAGGUUCUGGAACCUUCUGUGGGGUUUCUACAGGACACAGGAGGCAGGUUCUGGAACCUUCUGUGGGGUUUCUACAGGACACAGGAGGCAGGUUCUGGAACCUUCUGUGGGGUUUCUACAGGACACAGGAGGCUGUGUUCUCAGGUCUUGUCCCCAGCCUGACUUUCACCUGUUCUUCUGCCCGGCUCAGGCUCAGGUUACCCGGGUUUUCAGCGGGAAGUGGGGGUGGAGACUACACAGGAAAUUAGAGGCCAAAAGGCCCCCCUGCAGGGCGGGAGGCAAGGUGGUCCGGCGAGGCAAGUGGUCUGAGGAAGUGGACAGUGCCUGGAGAAGGCGUGGCUCCAUCUGCCAGGCUGUGGCCUCCCACCCUGGAAGCGUGGCACUGAGCUUACAGAGGGGUCAUCAGCAGCCCCCCGCCCUGGUCCAUUUUGGCCAGUUGAGACUGUGGUCAAGGGGCCCGACCUCUCUAUGCCUCUGUCCCUGUACCUACAUCAGUGUGGCUCGAGGUGAGGAGGGUACGUGGUGGGCAGGGCCCAGCACAGUGUCUGUCGUAAGGAGUGUUGGGGGUAUAUUUGUGUGUGUGGAUCUUUCUUUCCUUGUCUUAAAUUAUGAGAACCCUUUAAGACAUGGAACAGAGUGCUGUGCAGCGUAUAAGUGUCCUUGUGAUUAUCACCGACCUCCUGUGUCUGGCAGUGCCACCCCUGCCUCCCCGCCCCAGAAGACCGGACCACCUGGGGGCCACCUGGGCCUAUGGGCCCUGAAGUCCGCGCAGAUGUUGGUGACCAGGGUGGCGUGUCAGCACCUCUCAGGUUACUCCACAGACUACUGGUGCCCCUUGUGGUCAACUUAGGGGUCCUUGCAAAGUAAAAUCGAGAAAUGCUGAGUUAAGAGAUCUCUACUGUGAGGCUGCACUGAUUUUUAAUGUGCUUUUAAAAAGACUUAUAUUUUGAGAAGGAGUCUUGCUGUGUUGCCCAGGCUGGAGUCCAGUGGUGCGAUCUCAGCUCAUUGCAACCUGCUCCACCUGGGUUCAAGCGAUUCUCCUGCCUUAGCCACUUGAGUAGCUGGAAUUACAGGCACCGGCCACCACGCCUGGAUAAUUUUGUAUUUUUAGUAGGUACGGGGUUUCACUGUGUUGGUCAGGCCGGUCUCGAUCUGCCGUCCUCAGGUGAUCUGCACGCCUCGGCCUCCCGAAGCGCUGGGAAGACAGGCGUGAGCACGCGCCCGGCAGAUGGGCCUGUUUUCCACAGGGGCAGUGCCCUCUGCGAACAGCCUUUUCAACGGGUCUGUGCCUUGCUUGUGCCUCGGCCUCCUCUGCAUGGGGGCUGCUGCCUCCCUGGCCGGGUGCGGGGCUCUCUGCACCUGCCGGCCGCCUUCUCCCCUCCCCGCCCAACUCCCCAGCCUGGCUCCCCCAACCCAGUGCCGCCCGGUGACCGCGCCCCUGUC